AUGAACAACAGGGCAGAUACCGUAAAAACCCUCCGUAUAUGUAUUUGUGUUGCUACCUUCCUGCAAAAUACUAAGCGUCAUCUACAAGCAAUCGAGUUAUGCUGGGAAUGUUUGGUUUUGCUAAACAACACAGCAUUGGGCAUAACAGAUCACCUCACUUAUAAAUUAUGCAAGCGUCACAUCUAUUUGGUAAUGUUCAACGCAUGCAUGGACAUCUGUGAUUGUACAAACGCAGAAAGAUGCGUCAGAAAACUUCUUUCCAUGCUCCACGACUCUGGAGAAACAAUACUAGAAGGAAUCGUAAGGUUUGUACUGGCAGAAAUAUAUUGCAGGCAGAGAAAGUUUGAACAAGCAAAGAAACUUUUUGAGAUCGAGGCAGAAAACAUGAAAGCAAUUGGAGAAAGGAGAUGGGAGGCCAUUGGUUACAAUGCUUUAGGAUAUGUGUCAUUUUCACUUCAUGAAUAUCAGAAGGCUAAAGAGUAUUGCGAGAAAGCACUUGCCAUCAGUAUGGAAAUUGGUGACAAAGAAGGAGAAGCUACAGAGUACCAAAUCCUAGGAAUUUUAUUCGAAAAACUCGGUGGAUAUCAGAAGGCUGAAGAGUUUUUUAAGAAAGCAGUUGCUAUCGCCACGGAAAUUGGUGACAAGGAAGGAGAAGCAACAAACUACAAAAACUUAGGAGAUGUGUACGCAUUGCUCGGUGAGUAUCAGAAGGCUACAGAAUAUUACGAGAAAGCGCUCGUCAUCAACAUGGAAAUUGGUGACAAGAAAGGAGAAGCUGUAGGCUACGGAAGCCUAGGAAAUGUACUCGCAUUACUCGGUGAAUAUCAGAAAGCUAAAGAGUUUUUCGAGAAAGCAGUUGCUAUCGCCACGGAAAUUGGUGACAAGGAAGGAGAAGCAACAAACUACAGAGACCUAGGAGAUGUGUACAAAUUGCUCGGUGAGUGUCAGAAGGCUACAGAAUAUUACGAGAAAGCGCUCGUCAUCAACAUGGAAAUUGGUGACAAGAAAGGAGAAGCUGAAUGCUACGGAAGCCUAGGAAAUUUACUCGCAUUCCUCGGUGAACUUCAGAAAGCUAAAGAGUGUUACGAGAAAGCAGUUGCCAUCGACACGGAAAUUGGUUAUGAGGGAGGAGAACCAGCAUACUACGGAAACUUGGGAUAUAUGUUACGUGUAUUCGGUGAAUAUCACAAGGCUAAAGAAUAUCUCGAGAAAGCACUUGCCAUCAGCAUGAAAAUUGGUGACAAGAGAGGAGUGGUUAAAAGCUACGGAGGUCUAGGAGAUGUAUUCGCAUCACUCGGUGAAUAUUACAAGGCUAAAGAAUACUACGAGAAAGCACUUGCCAUCAACAUGGAAAUUGGUGACAAGGGAGAAGAAGCAAAAAUUUACGCAUGCCUAGGAACAGUGUUCAAGUUUUUAGGUAAAUUUGUGAAUGCUAAAGAAUAUUUCGAGAAAGCACAUCCCAUCAACAUGGCAAUUGGUAACAAGAAAGGAGAAGUAAGAAUCUACGAAUGCCUAGGAUAUGUGUUUCUAGUACUCAAUGAAUAUCAGAAGGCUAAAGACUAUUUCGAGAAAGCACUCACCAUUAGUAUAGAAACUGGCGAUAAAUUGGAUCAAGCACAUUGUUACUUGCAUAUUGGACGGGCAUUUACCUAUCUCAGAAAAUAUCGGAACGCUAAGGAAUAUGCAGAGGAAGGACUUUCUAUUGCCACAGAAAUUGGUGACCGAGAAAGUCAAGUAAACGCUUUUGGUAUCCUCGGCUGUGUGUUCGAAUGGUUUCAUGAUCAUAAGAAAUCCGAAGAGUAUUACAAGAAACAACUUGAUAUUAGCAGUGUAAUUGGCAACAGAAGAGCAGUAGCAGCAAGUUACAAAAACCUAGGAGAAGUGUGUCGAAGAACUGGCGAAUAUGACAGAGCCUAUGAAUACCUUGAGAGAGCCCGCGUGAUAAGCUUCGAUAUAGCAGACAUACAUACCGAGGUUUUGACCCUGCUCCAGUUGUCCUUCUUGAGGUUAUCGCAAUCAAAGACCCAGGAAGCAUUUUCGUAUCUUCAUCAAUGCAUAACUAAGUAUGAAACAUUGCGAAAUUUUCAGGAAGGAAACGAACAAUUUCAACUGGGUCUUUUAGAACAGCUCGGAACUUUUCCCUACAAGAGGCUCAGUUCACUUCUUUGUUCUGUUGGAAAUCCUCAAGAUGCUAUUUAUGUCGAGGAGCUUCGACGGUCGAGAUGUUUAGCAGACUUGAUGGCACAAAACUUUUCUGUUGAAAAUCACAUCUCAGCUGACCCAAAAUCAUGGCGUGGGAUGGAAGAGAUUGUGAGCAAAGAACGUAGCUCUGCAUUCCUGUACAUUUCGUAUGACGAUCGAAGGGUUUCUCUUUGGGUUUUGAAAGCAAACGGAGACAUUUUAUUUCGACAAUGCGAAGAAGUCGAUAAAAAAACCCUCAUGGAUGAGAAAGUUUCUGAUCUGAAUCAUUUUUUCAAAUUAAGUCUCCACCGCUUUGGCAUUUUACCCAAACAGAAAUGUGAGGAUCGAUCUUUGAGUGAAACUAUACCGAUGUCGCUUCACGAUGAAAACGAAGUAGAUUUGAGAGGCGAGGACACUAAAGAAACUGAAAGGAGACUUUCUGUGUGUUUCAAGGUGAUCAUCGUUCCAGUGGCCGAUCUACUCACCGAUUCGGAAAUCAUCAUUGUUCCCGAACGUAGCUUGUACCGAGUCCCAUUUGCAGCCCUACGUGACAAGCCUGGCGGAAAGUGUUUAGCAGAGACUUUCAGGAUCCGCAUCGUCCCUUCUUUGACGACUCUGAAGCUCAUUCAAAACUGCCCAGUGGACUACCACAGUCAGACCGGUGCACUAGUUGUGGGUGAUCCUAAGGUAGGCAGAGUGCAUUACAGGGGAGAAAUCCAUAACUUCACAUCACUUACCGGCGCAAGAAAGGAAGCAGAGAUGAUCGGACAACUGCUGGGUGUUCAGCCUUUGUUAGGAGAGCGUGCGACAAGAGAGGCGGUACUUCAAGCAAUUAACUCAGUGAGUUUGAUUCAUAUUGCUGCACAUGGUAAUCCCGACAGAGGCGAGAUUGCCCUUUCCCCCAGACCUUGCUCGAACAAUAUUCCAGAGGAAGAAGACUACCUUUUGAGGAUUUCCGAUAUUUCAAAAGUUAAGCUGCGAGCUAAACUGGUGGUACUCAGCUGUUGUCACAGUGGACGUGGAGAGAUCAAAGUCGAGGGCGUCAUUGGAAUCGCUCGAGCGUUUUUGGCAUCCGGUGCACGUUCUGUGUUGGUGACACUGUGGGCCAUAGAGGACGAAGCAACAGAGCAGUUCAUGAGACGUUUCUACAAACACCUUGUUGACGGACUUAGUGCCAGUGAAUGUCUUCACCAGGCCAUGAAAUGGCUGAGGAUCAUCGGCUUUAGCAAAGUUUCUCAGUGGGCUCCGUUCAUGUUGAUUGGAGAUAACGUGACAUUUGACUUUACAAAACAAAGGUUAGUUCUAUUCCAGAGAAUAAAGUGA